AUGCAUGCCACAGUCGACGACCCAACUCCCUCUGCGACUGACAUCGCGCCGUCUGCCAGCGUGUCCGUUACAUCCGCCUCUCCUCCGCCCCCCGCGGUCUCCAGCUCACCAAAUGAGCCCGGUCCCUCGCCCCUCCGCCGCUUGAAGUCCAAGUCAUCCCUCUGGAGUCUCGGCAGCAGCAACCAUAGCGGUCACGAAGACGAUUCUAUCCCCGCGGAGCCCUCCAGUGCCGAGAAGGCUGCUGGCAAACCAGGCAUCUUCCGACGUUUGUCGCCCGCCCUCGCGGCCCGCGUGAAGCUGCUCGACAGCACCAACAAGGUGACGAGCGCGCCCCGGGAUCCCAAAAACGUCGGUCGGAUUCCCGAAGAACAGUUGAAGGUGCUGGACAGCCAGCAUCAGGACCUGUCGAUCAAAGUUGAGAGGCGAGGACAGACGUGGACUGGCCCAACAAAUACCUCCCCGGACCAGCAACCACAGUACUUUAAGCGGAGCGCGUCGAACAGGCUUGAAAUCCCCAGCCACGAUCUUCUACAACGCGCGACCGAGGCACACGCGCAAGGGCCAGAUUACGCCGACGCGAUCGUCGACGACCCGGAACCCCCGUUCUGGCCGCCGCUCACACCUUGCCCCCCACCGACGGCAUCAUCCAUGUCUGUUGCAGAGCCCGUGCCCGCGCAGCUGCGCAUAGAGCCUGGGUCCGGACCCGAAUCAACACUACGGAAUGACGCAGCCCAAGAUACGCGGACGGAUUUUGAGAAGUUUGUCGACGACACGAAACGCAGCGAAGAGCAAUCAGCAGAGGCCGCCCCUGCGCCUCCGCCAAAGGACUCCCCGCCCAACUACACGAUCUCCUCAUCCUCUAACUCACAGUCCUACUUCAACCCCAUGGGCUUGCAACGCGCCGAAUCAAUAUACUCCUUCUCCCGAGCCUCGUUUAGCAAUCAGUUGUCCCAGCUCACGUCUAUUCCCUUGCCGCAGCCCGGAGCGCUCGAGACCAGUAUAGGAAACAUUUCCACUGCCCUCGCGGCGGUGCGCGCGUUGAAUGGUGCGGCCGAGCAGAUUCAUAUUUGGAUUCGAAAGGCGUCAGAUGUGCUCAGUGGGCUGGACGCCGAGGAUGACGUGGAGUGGGCGGCUGCCGGUGGGCGAGAGGGUCUUGAAGGGGUCGAUAAGGCUAUCACCCGCUUUGAGUCGCUGGUGAAUGUCUAUGUGAAGGCAAUCGAGAACGUGCAACUUCGGGAUGAUAUUGCCAAUGUCGAUUCGGAGAGCCUGAAGACGAUCGUCAGCCAGAUGGAAAGCAUUCUGCAGAACUGGGCUCAGAUAAAGAACAAGUUGCGGGGUGUGAAAGAGCAAGUGGAGCUGGCCAUGGAGUGGGAGGAGCUUUGGUCAAACGUGUUGGGUGAUGUGGGCAUGGAGAUUGACAAUCUCAGCGGGAUGAUUUUCGAGAUGGAGGAGAAGCGACAUCACACUUUGAUGGAUACUGGCGAUUCAACAGGUGGUCUCGAUAUAAAUGAGCUCGAAACGAUCGUGGAGGAAUCUCCGACCAAGGGCCGGUCCCCUGCGACUAACCGACUAAGUAUGCUUGCAACAGCAUCCGGCACACCCGUUAUCAAGACGCCGCAGGAUGACACCAGCUACUCCAACCUGAUGGCCCUGUUUGCGCGCAUGCAGCCACUCCGGGCAUCUUUGGAUUUCUUGCCCAUGAGACUGUCCAUGUUCCAAUCACGGGCUGAGGACGUCUUCCCAAGCGCAUGUGAGGAACUUGAUGACCGACGAAGCCGGCUGGAGAAGAGCUACAAGGUUCUCGAGGCGGAUGCCGAAGCUUUGCGGAAGGAGUUGGGUGAGGAUAAGUGGAUUAUUGUGUUUCGCAAUGCAGGCAGCCAGGCGCAGAAGAUGUUUGAAUCUGUUGAACGGAGCAUUUCCAAGUUGCAAGAAGGAUUGGAGUCCAAUGCGCAGGUUCACAACCCGGGCAAUAUGACCAAGCGAAUUGAGAAUUAUGAGGCCAAGAAGAUGCACUACGUACCUGCUAUCGAGCGGGUUAUUUCCAUCAUCCAGAAGGGAGUCAACGACCGUUUGACUGUCAACGGCGAGGUGCUGCGGCUUUUGUCCGAUAUGACCUCGCGGACAGAUGCUCUCAAAGCCAGUCUUCGUGUGAUGGAUGCUUCUCUCGAGGAUGUGCAGAUUGUCAAGGGCCAACAAUUGCGUGACUCCAUCUCCAGCAUCAUCACGAUGGAUAGCCCAGCUACAGGCAGUGCUAUUGACACCCCUGGGAGCUCGCCUGCUUCGUCGGUCGUUAUGAGCGGCAAUGGAUAUAAGACGCCUAUGGGAAGCUCAAGUCGCCGCGAGAGCUCAGUCGGUAGUGCCACCACUCGCUCGACCAUGUCGAAGGCCCGCCGAUUGUCUGGUCUGCCGCAGGUGACUGCCACUAUGACUGGACGCAAGUCCUCUCUCCCCAAGCCAACAGCACCAGUCACUCCCACGCCAUCAACCCGCAAGACCUCGCAUAUCCCACAGCCAUCCACGAUCCCGAAUCGUCCUCGCUGGAAUGCCAGUACCAACUUGAAUGAUCUCUAUUCGAGCUCUGGGUAUCUGAGCACGACUACCCCGAGCACUUCACGAAAGAGUUCUGCCCCGCUAUUCGGCCGUCCAUCCUCGACCGUUCCAUUCCGGCGAGACAUGUCUGCCUCCCCGCCCCCGGUGCAGGCCGCUCACUCAGCCGUCUAUCGAACCGACUGGCUUCAUCAUCUCGCAGCCCAAACCGAAACUCGUCUCCGCAGACCAUCUGGUCUAGCGGCUACACCUCGAAGCCGACAGAGUUUCGCUGGUAUGGGCACGUCCUUCAGUCGCAGUGUCUCGUCCCAAGGGCCUGGCCAAGAAACACAGGAGAGUCCCACCAAGUCGACGCGUCCGGGUACGGCACUUGGUCAUUCCGGUAGUCGACGGACGAGUCUCCUGCCCUUACCUAAGAGACCCGAGAAAGACCGAGCGGCCUCGCAGGCCAAGUUGGCUACCCGGCCACCUUGGAGAGCAUAG